UCCAAUGGCUCCCAAGAAACCCAAGACCGGGGCUGGUGGCGCGGCUGCUGGUCCCCUAGGGGCAGGCGCCAAGAACUGGGAAGCGGGGCUUGUGGCGGCCCGCUUGGAAGAGGAAAAUUGGAUUCCCAGUAUUGCCUUUGUUGUUGGGAGCAGACCUGAGGAUGAACUUCACAUAAAGGCACUAACACUGGCUGUGCAGGUGCCACAAAGGAAACUCUUCAGUGUGGUUUCCUGGGAAGAAUUAUUAGCACAGAUCAUGGAAGUUGUAGAUGUAAAAGCAAAGAAGGUCAAAGAAAAAGAAACACCUUUAUUUUAUGAAGUGAUAGAAAUGGCAAAAAGCAUUCUGGAUUCUGGGGAAACACUCCCUGUAACUUUGAUUGGAAAAUUAAUUAAAUAUCAAAUGCUUUGCAUCAAACAGAAAGAUCUUCAGAGAAGGAUUGCUGAAAAGAAGGCACUAGAGGAGCGAGACAAGGAGAAAGAAGAGAAGGGAAAAGGAAAAGGAAAAGCUAAGAAGGAGAAGGAAAAAGAAAAGCCUGCCAGUGCCAAGGCUGGAAAAGGAGGCAAAGGCAAGCGGUCAACUGAUUCACCAAAUAUAUCAGCAACGAUCAUUAAAAAGGAUACCAAACUUAAAAGACGCGGGGAAGAAGAUGAACUUGAUAAAUUCAUUGAUGAUGAACCAGAUGAUGGCGCUCAGUAUUAUUUCUUAAUUACUGGUUUUUACAAUCCUCAACUUUUACCUAUACUGUCUGAUCUGGGCAUCAAUAUUGGAAGCAUCAUUCAGAUUUCUUCUGACAAUUAUGAGCCACUCCAGACCUAUUUAGAAACAACUACUUUUCAGGAAGAACUAUCUCUUACAUCAGAAGAAUCUGAAAACAAAAAGAAGCAAAAAGCAGAUAAAGACCUGGAAACAUUCUGGAAAUAUGUGGAGCCAAUCCUGAACAAUGGAAAACCAGGAUCAAAUAUUUUUCAGAUAGCUAGACUGUAUCACAAAGUCCAGGAGUCUUCCUUUCCUUUGGACUGGAGCAACAAUGACAUGGUGCUUGAAACUGGAACAGACAUCUUUGAAAAUGUUGCAUGUUUAAUGUAUGACUGCCUGGAUUGGAAAAGACAAUACCAGUACUACUUGAAAGCGACUAGAUUUAUUAAUGUACCUGUGGUAGAAAAGAAGAGUAAAUUAGAGGUACAUAUGACUGUUACUCCAGUUACUCCAGUUACUCCUACCAAAAAAAAACCAGCUGUAGAUGAGCCUGUGCCACUUCCAGUUUUAACUGCAGAUGUAGACAUGAGGUACUACAAUGAUCUCCUGAGCUGUGUCCCUGAUGAGGUGGUUUCUGUUGCCUUAUUAUUGGAGUGUAUGUUGCAGCAGAUUGUUGCAUCAGAAGAAAAUCUUACACCACCAAGCCUAGUGAUUCCACUGCCACGUGAAGAUGGGUUGGAUCAUACUAUUGCCAAUCAUAUUGUUUCGAUUCUACCUUCACUUGCCCUUCUUGAGAAUGAAAAAAUGGAGCUGUAUAAUUCCUUUUAUCCUGAAAAUGAUGAAAACGUUAUGGCUCCCAAAGGGCCUGUAAUAUUAAACUAUCAUGAUAAUUUGUCUCGGAAGCUACACUACCUAAAGGUAAAAGAUGAUUUGGACGCAAUAAAAAUUGAAGAAGAAAUGAUGGAAAAGCUGCCUUUGAUGGAACUUCUUAAAUUCCCUCUUCCGUCACCUGCAAACAAUACGAAACGUCUUGCCAGGCUUCAUGAACUCAUGCACUAUUGUACCGAUGAACAUAUGAAUUGGGCUGAAGUAGAACGAGCUUUUCGAGUGUUUACGUUUGAAAGUUUGAAGCUGACAAAAGUCGAUAACUCUGGGCGGCUUGAAAGUUCUGGCAAGAUGCUUGGUGGUGAUGAUGAGGUAUCUUAUAUCCCAUGGGACAAUCCUGCUAGGUUUGCUAGACAACUGAGACAAGAAUUAAUUUCCAAAAAGGUUUCUGAAGAACUUAAUCAUAGUAUUUCAGAUCUAGACUCUGAGGAUAGUGCAUUUCAAAGUCAACAACAUUUUUCUUUUUUACUGGGGGAAAAUAUCAAGAGACUAUCCAAAUCUUGCAGCUCAGAUUUGAUUGCUGAUGUUUAUGAAAAUGGUCUGAACAAUUCUGUAGAUAAGGUAAUUUCAGCCAUCCAAAAGACCCAGCAGCGGUGUUUGAAUGACUGGCGUUUUGUUGAGCAUUUUCAACCACAACUCCUCUUCCAGGUCCUUCACAAUGCAACUCAGAAUUAUAGAUGCAUUGAUUCCUAUUAUCAUACUCAAGAUAACUCUUUGCUGAUAGUCCUUCAUAAUCCCAUUAAUCAACAUCGUCAGUUCGAGGAGUUCUGGAACAUUUCACUGCAUUCUGAUGUUGGGUUCAGGAAUUAUCUGGAAUUGGUGGCUGCCUCCAUUGAUGAAUGGAUACUGAGAGAAGAAGCCAAAUACCAGGAAGAAAAGAUGGCUCAGGAACUGGAGGCACUUAGAUUGGCUAAAGAGGCAAUGGAAAAACCUGCUGAGGUCAAGUCUCCACCUUCUGGCAAAAAAGGGGCUGCUGGAAAGAAAGCGAAAAGUUCUUCCAAAAGUAAAGUAGAAGUUUCAUCUGAACCUGUAGCUGAGAAGGAAAAAAAUAUAUUUGUCAGAGAUGAAUCUCUCAAGGCCUGGAAGGAAGAGCAAGAUAGGCUGUUGGAGGAAGAACGUUUAAAAGAACUAAAAAAAGCAGAGAAGAAAGAAAAAUCUGUUGGGAAAAAGAAAGGCAAGGGGGCAGAGCCACCCAUUCCUGAAGAGGAAAAAGCAUCUAAGAAAAAGAGUUCUAAGGAUAAAACAGAAUCAUCCAAAUCAACAGAGGUUGAAGAUCAGGCCAAGUUACAGAAACAGAGUAAACAAACUGUGCCUCCUUUGCCUGAAGAGAAAGACUAUGAGUUUCUUGGAUAUAAUACAGGUGAGAAUCCCAUUCAAGUUUCAGGGACUAUCCAGUAUCUUUUCCCUACUGAUGGAGGGCAAAUCCAAGCAGAAAAAAUAAUGUUUGAAAAAGGGUCAACCUUAGUUAAAGUGAAGGUGAUAAAAGAUAACCACACUUUCUUCAUUCAUAUAAUAGAUCCCCAGAUAAGUCUAAUAGAAUGUAAAAGUGAAGAAGAAAGUUUGGGUUCCCCAGAAGAACAUGAGAUAAAACUUGUGAAAAAACCAAUUAAUCAAGGAAAACCUCUGAGCAAAUUUGGAUCAUUUUCUGCAACCUUGGAAAAUGAAAUCCAUCUUUCCUUUAGUUGUUAUGGGGCUUCCGGAAAAGCAGCAGAGGAAACGGAUCCUUAUUUGGCAACAAUUCUGGCUAUCCCUUCAGUAAACUUGCCCACUUCGAGUUUUCUUUCCUCGGCUUUGUCUGCUGCUGCUGUUCCUGCUACAGGGAAGGCAAAGCCAGGCAAAGAAAAAUCAGCCAAAUCCUUACCAUCUGCCAAAGUGAGUUCCCGUAUGGCAAUGAAUGUAUCACCUGAAGAAUCUCCAGUGCAAGACGAGAAAAAGUCCGAAAGAAAUGAGCCAAUCCAAAACCAAGCUGUUCCCGAAAGCCGUGUUUUCAAUACUUUGAAUGUGUCUUCUCCAAAUGGAUUGGUACUUACCUUUAUUGGUCAAAAAUUCUCAGGUGAGGAAAAAGGAGAGAAAGACAAAAAUGAUGAUGAAGACAGCAAAACAGAUGAGACUAAAUCAGGUGAAGUCAAGCUGGAAGAAAUCAAAACAGAAGACAGCAAAGAAAAGCAGGCUCAGCCCCAUGAACCUCUAGCUAAAGACAAUGGAGACAAGACCAUCAAUGCCAAAACCAGUGUUGAAUCUGGAGCAGAUCUUACCAUCAAGAAUGAGAUUGCCAUGGACAGCAAGGCUGAGAUGGAAUCAGAGGAUAACAGUAUGGACAAGGAAUCUCCUUUUGAAAUAUUUAUUAGGCAGAGCUAUCCACAAAGAGUAAAACAGUUGCAACUUCAGAAAACAGUGAAGAAACCAAUAGAGCAAGAAGUAUCCAGAGUAAUAACACGACAAGGGACUGUUGUAAAGUACAUGAUAGAUGGAUCCACUCAGAUACUCUUUGCUGAUGGCACAGUGAUUAGGAGUCCAGACUCUGGCCCUGUGAUCCCACCUCCACCUGCACCCAGCACACCUCAUACAGAGAUCACACCCACACUGGAGACAAGCACCAAAAAAGGCAGAAAAAAUACUAAAGGUCUGCUUGCAGGAAAAAAUGAAACUAUGGAAACAAUUGCUCAAGAACAAAUGCCUGAACCUGAACAAUCUACUGAUGCCUUUGCUGGCACCUGGAUAACGACUACCCCAUUAGGCAUUCAGAUAGGUACCAAGGGAACCGAAAAACUUGACCUGAAACCACUCUUGUCUUACCAGGCCACUGAUCCAGUUAAUGGAACGGUAAUGGUAAUGAGAGAAGAUAAAGUAUUAAUGGUGGAGAAAACAGAUGGAUCCCGAAUAGUAGAUCAUGCUGAUGGCACCAGAAUAAGUACCCUCUUUCAGGAAUGUGUGGAAAUUGUUUCUCCUAAUGACAGUGAGGAAGCAGACAGUUACCCUCAAACCACCACAAGGAAGGUGAAAUGCAUGCGUAUCGAAAAUCCACACUUUGCAACAGUCCUAACAAACUCUGAAGACAGCACUUGUUGUGCCGUUUUUGCUGAUGGCACUUCAAUUAUUUCCAAGCCACAAGGAACAUACCAGAUUUUACCCAUAAACAAAGGUUCCCUCUUCAUCGAUGAAAAUUACUCUGCAGUUUACUCACCAGAGGCAUUUGAAAAAAAUGAUAGUGAACUGAUGUCCAGUGAUGAGAACCAGCGUGUAGGGAAAUACAUUAUGAAACACAAUUCCAAGAUUGUUUGUGAGAUGACAGACAUCACAGGAAAUAUUUUCAAGGUCAUGGCUGAUGGUAGCACAUCUACAUUCAUUCCUUCCAUUGAUGCUGAGAACAAAGUAACUGAACCCGCAGAAAUUCAGACUCCUGUGAUAUAUGGGGAACAUGCACCCAGAUUCUUCAUUGUCCAUGCGGAUGGCUCAGGAACUGAACUCCUCCGCACCAAACAUACAGAAGAAUAUCUGGCAAUGGCAUAUGGUCAUCCCACUAUAACUGUUCUUCGGGAGGCAAUAAAAGAAUGCCCAGGAGUCCUAAGCAUUACUGUUCUUUGCCCUUUGACUGAAGUAUCUCAAUGGAUAAUGAAAAAAGACUCUGACACCAUUGUUCCUUAUAGUCUACAAUCCAGAGAUUGGGAAAACUUUCCUCCUGUUGAGAGAAAGACUCCUGGCCCUCCGUUUGGAAUGCAUGCUUGGAAAGGCCUGUGCAUUGAGUUCAAGGAAUUAGCAGUUUCUCCUGCACCUAUAAAAAAAUGUCCAAAUGUGCUCCAAAUUCGACGACUAAUCCAGUAUGAGCCAAUCAGUAAUGAAUUAAGAGACAAAUUGCAAUCUUCUGUCAAGGAAUACAUUUACAAAAUCAUUAAGCAAGAAGAUGAGAUGCAAGAAAGGAUGAUUAAAGAACCAAGAACAGAACAAGAAAAGAAAAAUGCUGCAGACCUUCUCAAGCUGGUUAUGUCUUUCCCCAGUCUUGAAGAAUCCUCAGACUUUUGCAGUAGAGCUCCAAUUUCUGUACUGUAUGAGCAGGCAAUGAUAUCAGAGGUGCCAAGUUCAUCACAGGAAGCAUUCUCAAAGCAAACGGAUGAAUAUUGGAAAAUGAUGAGGAUGAGCCACGACGAGCCUAUGAAGUUUUCUGUCUGGCAGAGUAAAUUAGCACAGACCAGGCAGGAAAUUGAGGAUGGAAAGAAUUGUCUUAUGAGGAUGAGAUACAAAAUGAUCCCUCCCUAUUUCAAGUCUGAAUUUGGAAUGCAGUUUCUUCAAAAAGAGUUUCCAGAUGUUGACGUUCUCUCAGGAAUGCUCCCUCCUUUUCCAGACAAAGAAACAAAGGAACCGUUGUUCGAAACAUUUACAGAAUCUUCUGAAAAUGAAACUGCUGGAGUAACUGCAAGUGUCAGAGAUGGCUUGGUCAGACGUAAGCAUUCCAAAGAACUGCCUCUAAACACCAUUUCUUCCUCAAACUAUGCUGAAACCUAUCCAUCCCAUUUUACAAACGUAGGUGCAGAAGGAAAUGAAACACGAGUCCAGGUCCAUCCAAAACUUCAACCACUUCUUGUGGAUGUUACAGGAUCCCCAAGAAAAGAGAAAGUGAAAUUGCCUGCUUUGAUACAAAGAAACAAGCCACGAUCAGUACCAAGGCAAAAAAAUGUAGACCUUGUUUCUGGCAAAGUCCGCACAUGCUCUGUCACAGCACCUUCCCAGACAAUGUCAGGAUUCCUUCUUAUCCCACCGAAGGUGACAUUUGGCAUUCUUAAGGAGGGCUGCACUUAUUCAACCACAGUGGCUUUGAAGAAUGUUGGAAUGGACUUCUGCAGGUUUCGGGUGAAACAACCACCACCUUCUACAGGAUUGCGAGUCAACUACACUCCAGGGCCUGUGGCUGCUGGACUGCAAACUGUACUGGAAAUAGAGAUUUUUGCCAUGGCUGUUGGAGUGGAAGGAGAUGAGGGCUUGGACAAACUUUCCCAUCAGAUUGAAAUUCACACAGAAACUGAAACACUAUUUCUUCCUGUGGAAGCAAAUAUCUUUCAGUGCAUCUAUGAUGAGAGACCACCAAACUAUCCCAAGGGACGGCAGGCCUCCAGCAUCCAGCUGAUCCCAGCAAGUCCAGCCUCUCAGUUUAGAGUAAUACUUCCUCACAAGCUUCCUCAUUAAUGUAAGCAAUUGUAUUUCAGCAUGGAAAGUCUUGGUUUCACCAUAUUAAAAGGAGAGCUUAUGUGUGGCAAUUAAACCACUAUUGGGAGGAAGAAGGAGCUUGGGGUGUACUGGUGGGGAAGGCGUUAGGAAAGCUGGGGUUUGGGGGGGGCAACCAUUUGCGUGUAAGAGGCACAAACGACAUUGAUGGGGGAAGAUCUUAAAUAAGAGAAUUACACCAGAAUAUUCAAGCAAAUACAUACCCAAGUGUUAUAUAUCACAAAUUAAAAAUGUGCAUAAAACCUAUUGGGACACUGUAUGCUACACAUGCUUUUUUUUUUUUUUUUUUGAAUAAGCAGCUUGCAGAAUUCUAGGUGGACACAUUUGAAUGUACUGUUGGGGUAGGUGGUAUGCUUCUUAACCCUCAGGAUAAAAGAAACAGUGAGAAAAGGAUUUGGCAAAUUGAGAUUCCUUUUCCCUGACACUUGUCUGGCUAACUACUUUCUGCCAAAUAGUCACCUCUGCAUCCUGAGUACUUGGAAUAUAUUUGUCUAGUGACCAGAAAAUGCAAAUUAAAAACUACAGAAAUUUGUAAGUUCAAAUCGUAUGGAUAAGCAGUAGUCUGCCUUUGGCAAUUUUGGAGGAAAGUGAGUCCUAUAGGAAGUAGGACAAACUUUUCUUUCUUUUAGACAGACCUUUUUUUUUUGGUCACCAGAUUUCAGAGGAGGGCAGAGGCCACAAGUGAUCUCAAGCCAUCUGCUUCAUUAAGUAAGAAUUCCAUGUUUAAGAAAAUGUCAAAGGAAAAAAUCCACUUCCUUUACUUUAACUUAUUUUAAAUGCACAAGGCAAAUAAGAUAAAUGAUUAGUAUAUAAUCUACCUGUUGCAUUUAGCAAGCAUAUGCAUUUUGACAGUCAAAUUCAUUGUACUAGAAUGUUACACCAGAAAACUUGCUUAGAAAUGUUUCCAUAUGCUUAUAUAAUUUUUUAUGUUUGUUUUGCAGAGCAGACCGGAUAAAUUUUUUCCAAUAUUAUGACAGUCCUGCAGUGCUAACAUUCUUAGUAUGCAAAGAAUAUUAAAUCAAUGUUUUCAAAGGUUAAUGAAAUUCUAUUUAAACUAAUAUUUACACAUUGUAUAUAAAUUGUUAUUGUAAACAAUUGUGAGCAUAUCUUAAUAUGUAUAUGCAGCAAUAAAUAAGAAAAAUUCUGCAUUACAGUCAAUCACUUGGUUUAGAUUUAUGAAAAUUUAAAAGGAAUGUUAACAAAUUGCUAUUCACCUUGCUGAAGGUGAAAAAGCACAAAGAACUUGUGCAACAUCUUUUAUAUCUUGAAAACAUCACUAGCAUUCAUCAAAAUCAGCUAAUGUUGCUAAUGGCAUAGAUUUGAUAACUAUUAAUACUUAUUUUGAAAUUCUGCCAAUGUGCCUUCCCUAGAAAAAUAAGAAAAUUUAGAUGUGCUGAGCAACUUACUGGAUUUUCUGGUGCUAGUGUUCAAGGUUAAAUGAGGAAACCAGAUUCCUUAUUAGGCUAGAUUAGAUUUCCAUCUCAUGUUACACAUCUGGAUAUCUAAUUUUUAACUUUUAAAUGUUUGCUGGAAGACUUUUGCUGGGAUUUCAAGGCUUACAAUGGCGUUUGUACCAUAGAGCAAAAUGAUUUAUGGAAUUGCAAAUGGCAACUAAUAUGCAACUGAGCUCAAUAUUCAAAACAUAUAAUCCUAACAAUCUUGUAGUCCAUGAAAAAAGAAUAUACUGUUUCAUUUAAAUGUGGAAAACACUUGAUCCCAUUUCCAUCCCAAAACUAAGAUCAGAAAAUUAUGAGUCAAAUACAAACUGCUAUUACUAAAAUGACAAAUUCAUUAAAUAGCAAAAAUAAGACUGAAAAGCAAGUACAAAUGUAACCUUCUCAAACUCAAAAGAAAGGCCUAUUUUCAGACCAGGCUAAAAUGCUAUAUUGUGUGAAGCAUGUCAUUCAUAGAUCAAAUAUGAACAAUUGCUGUUUUUACUUUUUUUUCCCCAGAGGGUGGGGAGAACAAUGUUGUCGUAAAACAAAGUAAAAGAAUUAAUCCAGCCAGCAAGAGGGCAGAGAGCUCUUAUCUGCAUGAUUUGUAAUUAUGACGAGUGGCAUGAGAGUCAAUGUAGAAUCCUGGGAUAGGAGGUGGCUUUUUAAAGAA